AUGGAGCAAACGCUGCCUGUUGUUUCGCUGUGCCAGGUGAACCUUUCAAAGCGUGGAGUUACGCUCCUCUCAAAGCGAGGCGGAUCUGUAUCAGCUCGACUGGCUUUCUCCACAGAGAAGACAAAGAGGCAGCUGAAAGCAGAGAAACAGAGACUGGAGAAAGAAAGCCUUCUCCCAAUCAAGGUCCAAGGCAAUGACAUCUCCCACAAGCUGCAGAUCUCUCGGGUGAGUAAGAACGACGAGGGUCUGUACGAAUGUCGCGUCACAGACGCUAACUACGGAGAGCUGAAGGAGUACAAGGCUCAAGCCUACCUUAAAGUCAACGCCACCAUCCGCCCUCGCAACAGGGCCAUUAAGAAGAGCUCUCCGCUGCACCUGACCGAUAAGAAACCCCGCAAGAGCAGCUCGGCUCUCGGCCAGGACAGUGACAGCAUGAGUUCAGACCAGAGGUCCCAGUCCACUUCUACCUCACAGACGGCACACUCCAAAACAGUGGAGCACAGCACAGGGUCAGGUACGAGACGCUGCCCGCUUAUUUCUGUCUCUAACCAUCAGUCAUUGCGUUUCAACAUGCUUGCAGAUUGCAUAAAGAAACCGCUUCAGUGCAUCAGAUUUCAUUAUUAA